GUUACGCAGCGUGACGUCAAUACGUUGCAGGAGGAGAAGGAACAGAGGAAUUCACGAUUAUAUUAAUACUUUCCCGUUAUAUAUAGGGUUGUUAAUGGACUUAAAUUGUUUUUAAGUUGGCAAAUAAACCAGUUUUAAUACUAGUUUUUGGCGCGGUUGUGUUUAGACGGGUAAGUUGAGGUCAUGUCUGCUUCAGCUGUCUUCAUACUGGAUCUGAAAGGCAAGGUGCUGAUAUGUCGCAACUACAAAGGCGAUGUGGACAUGAUGGAGAUAGACCACUUCCUGCCGCUGCUGUUGCAACAGGAAGAGGAAGGGCUACUGUGCCCUGUUAUUUCACAUGGCAAUGUCCACUUCAUGUGGAUCAAACACAGCAAUCUUUAUUUGGUGGCUACUACCAACAAGAACUCCAAUGCAUCUCUGGUGUAUUCUUUUCUGUACAAGCUGGUGGAGGUGUUCUCUGAGUACUUUAAAGAGCUGGAAGAAGAGAGCAUUCAGGAUAACUUUGUUGUGGUGUACGAGCUGCUGGAUGAGCUCAUGGAUUUCGGCUUCCCUCAGACCACAGAUAGCAAGAUCCUGCAGGAAUACAUCACACAAGAAGGUAACAAACUGGAAGUCACUAAGGCCAAAGUGCCCACGACAGUCACCAACGCCGUGUCCUGGAGGUCUGAAGGCAUUAAGUAUAAGAAGAAUGAGGUUUUCAUAGAUGUCAUCGAGUCCAUAAAUGUCCUGGUGAAUGCCAAUGGGAGCGUAAUGAGCAGUGAUAUUGUGGGCAGUAUUAAACUGAAGACCAUGCUCUCGGGAAUGCCUGAACUCAGACUGGGCCUCAACGACCGUGUGCUCUUCGCCCUUACCGGCCGAGACAAGGGGAAGACUGUAGCAAUGGAAGAUGUGAAAUUUCACCAGUGUGUACGACUCUCACGCUUUGAAAGCGACCGAACCAUCUCAUUCAUCCCUCCAGAUGGAGAGUCAGAGCUGAUGUCUUACCGCAUCAACACUCAUGUCAAACCUCUGAUCUGGAUCGAGUCUGUUAUUGAAAAGUUCUCUCACAGUCGAGUGGAAAUCAUGGUAAAGGCUAAAGGACAGUUUAAAAAGCAGUCCGUGGCUAAUAAUGUGGAGGUUCGUGUUCCUGUCCCGAGUGAUGCAGACUCCCCAAAGUUUAAAACUAGUACUGGCCAUGCAAAGUAUGUUCCUGAGAAGAACCUGGUGGUGUGGACCAUUAAAUCCUUCCCGGGAGGGAAAGAGUUCCUGAUGCGAGCCCACUUUGGCCUCCCCAGUGUGGAGAACGAUGAGCUGGAGGGAAAACCACCCAUUACAGUCAAAUUUGAGAUCCCAUACUUCACUGUGUCAGGAAUACAGGUGCGAUAUAUGAAGAUCAUCGAGAAGAGUGGCUACCAGGCAUUACCUUGGGUUAGGUACAUCACACAGAGUGGAGAUUACCAGCUCAGGACGAACUAGAGAAGCACUUUGCAUUUCCUGAUCCUGUUCAAGCUCCCAGGCAAAUGAUAAUCUGAUGAAGUCAUAAUUUGCAUCAAAAACUGUCUUGAUAUUUCAGUUCUUUUUUUUUUUCUUUUAUUUUUUUGGAAACAGAAGGAAAAUAAUGUUAUAAAUCUUAAGAUUUUGUUGAGGCUGAAAUGCUUCUUUUUAAAGAUUUCAUUGUUGUUGCACUAAAUCAUGGUAUAAACUGUUAAAUCAACCAUUGUUUUCUUAUAAUAAUGAUUAAAAAAAGUGAUGAAUUUCUGUUUUGGUUCA